AUGAAAUUGUACUGUUUGUCAAGUGAACCAACAAAGCCAUGUUUGGUAUUAAGUUUCAAGGGAAUUACAUUAAUGUUAGACUGUGGCUUAAAUAUGCAGUCUAUAUUACAUUUUAUGCCAAUGCCUUUGGUUCCUAGUGCUAAAUUCAACUCCCUGUCUUCGUGGCUACCUCGUGAUAAUCAUCAAGAUUGGCAGAUAGAAGGGGAGUUAAAAGAAUGCUGUGGUAGAGUAUUUGUAGAUUCAACUCCUGAGUUUUCUCCACCACUGGAAAAAAUAGUGGAUUUCUCAGAAAUUGAUGCUAUUUUAAUAUCAAAUUAUACAUGCAUGUUGGCUCUACCAUUUAUAACAGGAGACACAGGUUUUAAAGGUAUUGUUUAUGCCACAGAACCGACACUACAAAUCGGGCGGUUUUUCAUGGAAGAAUUAGUAGAAUUUAUUGAACAAACACCUAGAGCAACAUUAGCUAAACAUUGGAAGGAGAUGUUGCAUGUUUUACCUCCUCCGUUAGCUGAUGCGCUUAAACCAAAAUCUUGGAAACACAUAUACUCAAUGUCAGCAGUUAAUAAUGCUUUAUCGUAUAUUCAAACAGUUGGAUACGAUCAGAAAUUGGAUAUAUAUGGUGCAUUAACAGUUACUCCUAUAAGCUCUGGAUAUUGUUUGGGCAGUAGUAAUUGGCUGAUUUCGUGUGAUCACGAGAAAGUUGCAUUUGUGAGUGGAUCAUCAACAUUGACAACUCAUCCACGUCCCAUGGAACAAGCUACUCUGAAACAUGCCAACAUGUUAAUAUUGACAGGCCUAACUCAGACACCUACUGCUAAUCCAGAUACAAUGCUUGGAGAACUUUGUAUGACUGUUGCAAUGACACUUAGAGCUGGUGGAUGUGUUUUAAUUCCUUGUUAUCCAUCCGGCGUUGUAUAUGAUUUAUUUGAAUGUCUCAGUACCCAUUUGGAUAAAUCAGGUUUCUCACAAGUUCCUCUGUUUUUCAUAUCAUCGGUAGCCGAAUCGUCCUUAGCAUACUCAAACAUAUUAGCUGAAUGGUUAUCAACAAAUAAACAAAAUAAGGUUUAUCUUCCCGAGGAGCCGUUUCCUCACGCUUUUCUUGUUAAGAAUGCUAGAUUGAAACAUUUUACAUCCACAUACGCAGAAGGUUUCAGUUCUGACUACAGACAACCUUGUGUUGUUUUUUGCGGCCACCCUAGCCUUAGAUUCGGCGACGCAGUCCAUUUCGUUCAAAUGUGGGGUAAUAGUCCACAUCAUACUAUAAUCUUUACAGAACCAGAUUUUCCAUAUUUGGAUGCACUAGCACCAUUUCAGCCCUUGGCUAUGAAGGCGGUGCAUUGUCCGAUUGACACGUCACUUAACUUCACUCAAGCCAAUAAAUUAAUUAGAGAUUUAAAGCCUGAACAUUUAGUAAUACCCGAAUGCUAUACACAACCACCAAUAACAGCACCACAUAGGACAGACUUAGUAAUAGAACCAGAAAAACCGUUAAUCACUUUUAAACGGGGUGAAGUCAUUAAAUUGCCUUUGAAGAGAAAAAAAGGUCGAGUAUUUAUUGAACCCGAAUUGGCUGGAAAUAUAGUUCCAAAUGAAAUUCGUCCUGGUUUGAGUCUUGCUUCUGUUACUGGUGAAUUGGAAGUGAAAGAUAACGUAUAUACAAUAAAGAGUAUCGAAGAUAGGCCAAGUGGAAAGCGCAAAGUCUCUUCCGGCUCACCUGCGCCGAUCAAGGAAGAAGUUCUUAAGGAAAGAAAGCACGAGUACGGUAACGUAGACCCACAAGAAUUACUUCAAAAGCUUAAUCAGGAAGGUAUCCAAGGAGCCAAAUUACAGCACAGUCCAACUGCUACCAGUAUUCACUUGCAAGACGAAGAUACUUUAAUUCAAAUAGGAGACAAUUCGACGCAUAUUUUUUGCAAUGGCGAUCAAAAGAUUAGAAGGCGAUUGAGGACUAUUAUAAUGCAGUGCUUAAAAAGAUUUUAAUGGAACAACAGAACAUCAAAUUCUGACUAGUUUAUAUAGUGACAAUUUUAUUAUAAUUUAUUUUUCUACACAAUUGGAAUUUUCAUUCCUGUAAUACACACAAGAACGUUUACCCUACUUUUCCUUCAUUACAAGCAAUAUUUACUUUUGGAAUCAUUUAUAACUAUGUCCCUGUACAUACACAGCAUUGUAUUAUAUAUGUAUAAUAUCUACAAAUACACACUUUAUGUGUGUGACAGUAUUAAAUAAUCCAUUUCAUUUACUACAUUGUUUGAUGCUGUAGCAAACACGAAUAACUUCAUCAAGACUUCUUUGUAAACUAAAUAAGAGAGUAUCCUACAAGGAUGUGUCUACCUCAACUGGAAACAUAUAAUUUAAGUAUAUGUCACUGUGAGAGUGAA